AUGUCCAAAUCGUUGUUUGCCAAUGUAGUCAGUCACAAAUCAGCAGAGACAAUUGCAAAUUAUGCCGAGUUUAAUGACAGGUUGAAGCACAAUGUGCUCGUGAGGCAAUUGUAUGAUCUCGAGUAUGAAAUGGGUUCGAUUGACGAGGUGCUUCUAGAAGCCGUAAAGGAGGAAGCGGGGGUUAAUGAGAAAGAGGAGGUGGGCGAUUGGGAAUGCUGUUAUUGUAUUAACGAGAGGGACAAGUCUAGUGAGGUGAACUAUAUUGAUGGGAGUGGAAAAAAGGAUCAAAUAGAGGACAAGACGGAUGAUGUAGAGGUUUAUGAAUUUGAGUUUACUUCGAGAUGGCACCAAGCUGUUUCAGCAAUGCCUGGUUUACAAUAUACAAGAGCUGGAAGUGCCAAGCAUAUACAAUCAUUGAUAACUGAACCAAGACUACGAAUUACACAGUCAGUUUCUGACAAGAUUAGGAAUCGUAACUUGUCAUUAAUACGAGUUAAUACAAUAUAA